AGUCAGGGUGGGUCGCGCGCGCAGCGCCGGUGACGUGUUUCCUGCGGCGUGCGCUGUGAGGCGAUCGCGACAUGGCGGCGGCCGAGGAGGAGGCGGUGGCGGCGGCCCCGGCCGAAGCGGUGGUGGCGGCGCCGCUCCUGGCGCUGGAGCCGCGGCUGCAGCGCGAGUUCCAGCAGCAGGUGCAGCGGGUCCGGCAGAGCCGGGCGGCCAAGGAGCGGCUGGUGGCGGGGACCGUGUACGUGGGGCACGUCCCGCGCGGGCUGGGCGAGCCCCAGCUCCGCGAGUACUUCAGCCAGUUCGGGACCAUCACGCGGCUGCGGCUCUCCCGGAGCAAGAAGACCGGAGGUAGUAAAGGCUAUGGAUUUAUUGAGUUCGAAUCCGAUGAUGUGGCAAAGAUUGUUGCAGACACAAUGAACAACUACCUGUUUUGUGAAAGACUUCUGAAGUGUCAGUUCAUACCUCCUGAAAGGGUUCACGGAAACCUCUUCAAAGACUGUGACAGAAAGUUUCAGAAGCCUUCUCAGCCAGCAGUCAGGCGGUACAAUAAGAUACGCUCUGUCGGUGAGAAGGCAAAGAUGGCAAAGCGACUACUACGGAAGGAGAAACUCUUACGGAAGAGGCUGGCUGAAAAGGGGCUUGAUUAUGACUUCCCAGGAUUUGCUGCACAACAGCUUCACAUAAAGAAAAAGAAAGUCAAAAAAUCCAAGCUGAAGCUGGAUGUUUCUUUGAACAGCCAGGAUCCUACUCCAGCCUGUACUCCUACAUUGCUUGAGCGCCGGAAAGCUCACGAGGCAGAUGAUGACACGGAGGACAAUGAAAUAACUGUCAGACUGGCCCCCAACAGUGUGGAGAAUGCUGUGCAGAGACCAAAGAAACAGACAAGAAAAAAAACAAAUUUGAAGAAGCAGAAAUAAAGUUUUAUUGUCUGUAGCUAAGUUUUUCCUUAACUCAAAAUCUGUCGAGGUGGAGCUUCUAGUGGUUCUGCUGACCUGUCUCAGUCCAUCUUACUGGACUGUGGUGUUUCAGCCUUUCUUGUACAAGGAAUUCAUUCACCAGUUGUUCCCCUCCUGUUUAGCUACCAGGGGAGCUACUGAUUUUCUUGGCUUUACCCUCGUCAGUGCCAGUGUUCUGACAGGCCUGUUGUGACCUUUGGUUAAUUCUGUAACUUCCUCAUCUCUAGUGCUCACUAUUUUGCAAGAUGUGAGGUUGUCUGUUCAGGGCCUGCUGAUGGGGCUGUAUUUUACACUAAUAAUUAAUGACAGUCUAUAAAAAGUCUGGGUUUUUUAUCCUUUUUUAA